AUGGCAGCAAGCCUCGUCGAAGUCGAUGUUGGCGGAGAACUUUUGACAAAAAGCAAUAAUCUUUCUGACGAUGGUUUGCUUCUCAUCCUCAGCAGAGGAGAAAAAUUGCAUUCUUGGAUUGAUUACGACGAAGAAUUGAAGAGAAUAGAGGUCAGGCUUUGCCAGGAUAAGGAUCCGAAGGAAGCAGCCCCUUCGAUCUCUCACUCUAUCGAUUUGUCUUACAUGUUGUGGAGGGAGGCGUCCUGGGUGGGUUUAUCUUCCUGGAGUGGCAAUUCUAGUCAUGGCAGUAGCAUAUACUCAUGGAAUUUUAUAGAGAAGAGUAAGCUCUGUACUUGCACAAUUCCAGUUUAUUCUGCAUUAAUGCUUAGCAGCUUCAGGAGUUUUUCCGACUUGCAGGCAUCACUCACUAAUGAUGCUACUGUAUCUAUCAACAGAUGCUUGUGGAUUCCUGAAGGUUCUAUUCUUGGUGUUGCAUUUUCAAAGCAUCUAGUGCAGAUCUAUGCUUUUAAUCUAAAUGAAGAAUUACGACAACAUUUGGAGAUUGAUGCUCAUAUAGGCAGUGUUAAUGACAUUGCCUUUUCCUAUCCCAAGAAGACUCUCUCGAUCAUCACUUGCGGCGAUGACAAGGCAAUUAAAGUGUGGGAUGCUUCAACUGGACAGAAACAGUAUACAUUUGAAGGCCAUGAAGCCCCUGUUUAUUCUGUUUGUCCUCACUUCAACGGGUCUAUCCAUUUUUUCUUCUCAACUUCAACUGAUGGUAAAAUCAAAGCAUGGAGCUAUGAGGGUUUGAUAUCUAGAGUUGCCUAUGAAGCUCCUGGCCACUGGUGCACAACAAUGGCAUAUAGUGCAGAUGGAACAAGGCUUUUUUCAUGUGGAACAAGUAAAGAUGGGGAUUCACAUUUAGUUGAGUGGAAUGAGACUGGAACUAUUAAGCAGACAUACAAUGGCUUUAGAAAACACUCAUUGGGAGUUGUUCAGUUCGACACAACUCGGAACCGCUUCUUGGUUGCAGGGGAUGAAUUCCAGAUUAAGUUUUGGGAUAUGGAUAACACUGAUAUACUGACUACUACUGAUGCAAAUGGAGGACUUCCUGCAUUUCCUCAACUGAGAUUCCAGAAAGAUGGUUCAUUACUUGCUGUUACGACUAGUGAUAAUGGAAUUAAAAUCCUGGCAAAUGCUGAUGGACAACGGGUUUUAAGGAUGCUUGAGGUUUCACGUAGUGUUUCUAAACAAUCUAAUUCCAAUGCUGUUGUGGAUAGUACUAGAGCUGCUGAUGUCAAGCCAAGGAUUCCUGAAGAAACUGAAAGAAUCAGAAGCUGGAAGCUAACUGAGAUUGUGAAUGUUGGGCAUCUUAAAACUUUGCGUUUGCCCGAUUCAACAUCAGCAGUGAGCAAGGUUGUGAGAUUGAUAUACACCAAUUCUGGAUGCAGUUUACUAGCACUUGGUUCCAAUGCAGUGCAUAAACUCUGGCAGUGGCCGUGCGAUGAACGAAAUCCAUCGGGCAAGUCAACUGCAUCUGUUGCUCCUCAGCUCCGUCAGCCACCAAAUGGUAUUCUUAUGACCAAUGAAAGGAGUGAUAACAAUCCAGAAGAAGCAACUACUUGUAUUGCUUUAUCUAAGAAUGACUCUUAUGCAAUGUCUGCAUCAGGUGGAAAAGUUUCUCUGUUAAAUAUGAGGACUUUUAAGGUUAUAACCACUUUUAUGCCAACCCCACCGGCAGCCACGUCUUUAGCAUUUCAUCCUGAAGAUAAUAACAUGACUGCUGCUGGAAUAGAAGAUUCUAGUAUUUUGAUCUAUAAUAUUCGGAUUGAUGAGGUGAAAAUCAAACUCAAGGGCCACCAAAAAAAGAUAACCGGUCUUGCAUUUUCCCCUUCACUAAAUGCUCUCGUGUCUGCUGGAGCCGAUGCUCAGCUUUGUGUUUGGAGCAUAGGAAGUUGGGAGAAGAAAAACUCCCGCUUUAUCCAGGCGUUUACUGGAUGUACAUCUCCAUUAGUUGGGGACAUCCAAAUUCAAUUUCACAGUAAUCAGACACAUCUGUUGGUUGUUCACGAAAGGCAAAUAGCUAUCUAUAACAGUAAACUCGAUUCUUUGUGUUGGGUUAGUUCUUUGUGUUGA